AUGGAUGAUCCUGAAAAUAUUUUAUAUAACCAGUGCAUUGGAAUUGAUAGGCUUUGUAACGAUUAUUCGUCAACAAUAGUAACAUACUUAAAUAGAGGAAAGUAUAUCAAGAAAGGAAAGAAAGUAUACCAUAAAGACGUACCAUCAGAAAUCCCAAAUGUAUUGCCAGUUAGUUUCUACACAAAGUACCCGAACCGCUACAACGGAGUGUGCAACCACCUGGUCCACGCGGCGUCAAAUCGUAAUAAAUUCCCAAAUAUCUCAUUAAAGUGGUUUCCAAAUGGGAGGAUGUUGCUGGCAGGAACGCAAGGUGGAAAGUUUAUCAUGUGGAACGGAAUAACAUUCCAAUUUGAUGAUAUAAAACGUUUUCCAGUGGGAACAGGAAGCGUAACCUGUUUUGAAUGGUCACCAUUCGGAGAUUUUUUAGUUGCAGGUGACGAAUACGGAAAAUUGGCAUUACUAUCACCAGCCCUGUCAUUGUUAAACACAAAUUUAUAUGAAGGCAUGAAUAAUGGUAUUUUGGACCUAAGUCUGUCACCAAACGGAAGUAAAUUUGUAGCAUGCUCAGAUACAUACUCUCCACAUAUAUUCGACAUACAAACUACGACAUUGGAAGGGUUAUUAGCUGCGGAAAAUAUAGGGUCGACGUCAAUAAGCUGUUUACAGUGGAACCCGUACAAAAACCUGGUAGUAACAGGUAGUAGAACAAAUAUAAUAACACUCUGGGACCCAAUGAAUAAAUCACAAAUCACAUCAAUAUAUGCACACAAAUCACCAAUACACAAAAUACUGUGGAAUCCAAAUGGAAUCACAUUCCUAACCACAGCAUUAGAUGGACUAGUAAAACUGUGGGAUGUGAGGAUACUAAAACCACUGUUGACAUACAAAAUAGCAGCGUCUAACCAGGAUGAGUCAGUAUAUCUAACAAACAUCAAUAACAUUAACUUGUUAAAGAGUAGUAAAGCAGUAACAGUAGUUACAGCAAUGAGUUGGAACCCAGUACAGACCAACGUAUUCGCAGUAGGUGAUAACAAGUCAAGACUAUUUCAUUUUACGACACAUUUUACAGAACCGGUAUCAACAGUGGAUCUCAGAGUUACAGAUGAAAAGACUCCAUCAACAACAUCAAUGGAUUUCCAUCCAUUCGGACACCUGUUGGCUACAUGUUCAGACGACAGAUACGUCCGGUUCUGGAGCCGUAGCAUCCUGGGAGGACAUAACAGACUAUAUACACAAGAUUCCCAUUUUAUUCUAGACGAUAAAGUAAAGCACGCACCAUUCACAAGGUUCGACUUCAAAAAUGAAAUUGAAGUUGAAAGAAUACCUUCAAUGAAGAACAUAGAUAAAUGA